UGGGUGGCUGUGCCAGCAGGGCAGGGCCUGGGCAAGCGGCAGGACGGCAUCGCCGAGGCCAUCCGGGUGAAGGUGAAGUGUGACACGGCGGGGGUGGGACACGACGCGGCGGAGCCCUUCACCUUCCACUGGUGGGACCACGUCUUCAACAAGGCGGCUGCCAACAUCGCUGUGGAGGCCGGGCAGGAUGGCAUCUCCGUGAAGGCGCUUUCCGAGCAGGGAGGCGGGAUCAGCAAUAGGAAGCCUCGCAAGGCCAGCAGCACCGGGGACCUGCUUUAUGGCCGCUUCGUGAAGUCGGCCACACUCACAGCCUGUGGGGAGGAGUCCCUGUCGCUGCCCGCCCGCUCCGAGAGCAGCGAGGAGGAGGAGGAGGAGAAGCUGGACCUCUCUUCGGCCAGGAGGCUGACGGACGAGGAGCUGGUGCAGGCGUGUGGGGGCCGCACGGCACACAAGGGUGCCCGUCACGGCCUGACCAUGAGUGCCAAGCUGGCGCGCCUGGAGGAGCAGGAACGAGCGUUCCUGGCCAUGUACCGGCACAAGGGGCGGCAUCAGGAGCUCCCGGAGAGCAGCCCCCCGGCAGAGAGCCAGGGCAAAAAGAAGAAGAAAAGGAAAAAGUCCAAGGAUAGAGCCGACCCUGAGGUGCCACAGAGCCAGGAGCCAAAUGGAGAGGAGGAGGAGGAGGUAUCAGGAAAAGAAGAGAAGGUUGUGAAGAGGAAGAAAAAGAAGAUCUGGGAGCCAAGCGGAGAAGAGGAGCUGAUGGCAGAGAAGGUCACGAAGAAGAAGGUCACAGAGCCACGCGGAGAAGAGGAGGCAUCAGGAGAGGAGGGGAAAAUCAUGAAGAGGAGGAAGAAGCCAGAGGCAAACACAGAACAGGAGGUGGCAGAAGAGGAGGGGAAAGCUGCAAAGAGGAAAAAGAAGAAGAAACAGAAGAAGGAGGAGGAGGACGAAGAAGAGCCAGCUGAGACAGAUGUACCUCUAGAAGGCACAGGUGAGCCAGACCUGGAACACAGCCCCAGGAAGAAGAGAAAAAAGAAGAAAAGGAAGAGGGAGCCAGAGUGAGCAAGUGCCACAGCUGCCGUGUUGUGCAGCUGCCAGUCCCACCUUGCUGUGAAGGUCCCGAUCCUGGUGCUGGUGGGUGCCCAAGGGUUCUCCAGGCUCAUCCCAGACAGAGCCCAGCACUGUGGCUCAGCCUGGAGAUGCUGGGUUGGGAUGGGUUGGCUUGGAGCUGGAUCGAGCUUUAUUUCACCUCCUGAGCCUUCACUGGUCAGGGGUGACCCCAGUUCCCCCCAGGCCCUGGGUUUGCUGUGGGCUCGUUGCAGAAGGACACAAGGGGACAGACCCUGCAGAGUAUUGAAGUAUUUUUUCAAGGGCACAAAUAAAUCUUUAUUGCAGUGAGA